UCCCUCCCUCCCUCCCUCCCUCCCUCCCUCCCUCUCUCGCCAUAGCCGCUUGCUUUCUCAAAGGGGAUGAUGAGGAUGAUGAUGGCGAUGAUGAUGAUGGAGGAGGAAACACAAGAUCUUGUGUUUUCGGUGCAAUGCUGGUAGGGCGGAAUUGCGUACCGCAAGAGAAUAGCUGCUGGCGGGCGUGCGCUUGGGUGUUGAUGGCUUUCUUCGGUUCCUUUCGGGGUGAUGAUGACGCCUUCAUUUAUGUGACGCCACGGAAGUGCAUCGUGUUGUUAGACGGCCUAUGGAAGUCGUGAGAGAUAGGGGAAAGGUGGUUCUCUGAAUCCACGUUGCAUCGGUGCUGAGAAUCUCAGGACGGGAGCGUCGUGGUUGCUGUCUCUGGUUGCGCGGGGGGUUUUCGGAAGAUAGCCAGUACACGCACUUUUUGUGUUUCAUAGUUCUGGAACAACGAGGAGUGCGGGCGCGCAGAUCUACUCUUUGGUUGUGACACUUUGGGUCACUUCUUUACAUUUACUAGGUCAGUUUUCACUUCGGUGGCACAGGGAAUGUGGCUGCUUCCACGCACCCUUGAGACAUUGGAUCUGUGUCGGUAAGGAGGCAAGAAACCGCGGGGUUUACUCCAUGUUCUAUAAUUUCCAUCUCGAGGAUGUCCGCGAUCCAAGUGAAGACAUGUUCAUAACAAUGCUCUUAUUCGUUGUAUUUGCUGUGAAUGGAUGAUGUGAUGCAAUAUCAUUCUGAAAUGUGGAGGCUUUUUGAAUGUUUCUACCAUUUGUCAAGCAUCCAAGGGCGUACAUAUUAUAGGUCAGUGUGCAACAUUGCUCAACUACAGACUACAACGUAGGGCGCGAAUGGAGGAUAAUAAUCCUCGUUCCUUGCCUGCUUUUAUCGGGAAGAAUGGACCAAUGUUACAUCAUUCAUGGCGAUCUGGUUCGGCUGGAAGAAAAAAUUAAGAGGAAGUUCACUUACUGGUGACCAGGACGAAUUUAUGGGAGUAUCCAGAAUGGAAAGUUAGUGUUGUUAGGAUAGGAGACACAACUGGAGCUAGAACGUGACUGGUGCUAUCUUGUUUUUUGCUCAUCCUUGGAUGGGAAUGUUAGUAUGAAAGGUUUGCGUUGGUAACCAGCGGUGCUUGCGAGGUGACGUUGAAAUUGUUCCUGCAAGGCCAGACUUCUGUGCCGAAGCAAACCUGAUCGUGUCUCGGUUGCUUUGAGGCGCGUUCGACGUCUGUGAUACGAGGGAGUUACUAUGGCUUUAACCAGCAUGGAUUCUGGCAAACUCAGCGGGCGAGAUUAUUUUUCAGACAGCGGCAGAGAUUAUGAAGGUUUUUCGAGCCUCUCCAUUCAUUCUUCGAGAACGGGCGUGAGUGAAAAUGGAGUUAACGGGCAGCGGUUCAAGCGCAUCAUACACCGAUCAUCUAGUCAGAGCCUGGAUUUGGACCCUUUGCUGAGCGGAAAUUUGGACAGCUGGCCUCAUUUGAAGGAGCUAUUACAGAGUUACAAAGCAGAGUGGGUUAAAGACGACAAUAAAUAUGGGCGUUACGAUGCUGUACCCCCUCCUGCAUUCGAGCCACAAAUCUUCGAAGGCCCUGAUACAGAUGUUGAGACAGAGUUGCGUCUUGCAGCAAGGGGCCGGGAUGCUGAAGAGGAAGAAGUCAGCACAUCAGGAAGGCUUUCGUUAAGAAGUGAUCCAGAUGCUGCAUAUGUGAAAAAGCACUAUGGAGGGCCUCCUUUACCAUGCUACUAUCCUGUUUUCAACUGGCAUGUCGAGAGAUCCGCUGUCUACGGUCAAAGAACACCAGAGCUACCACCUUCACUCUCCACGAGGUUUGGAUUGAAAAUUUCAGUGAAACUUGUAUCGCUCACAAUGCAAGCUGGGCUUGUUGAACCUGUCUAUGGAACAAUGUGUCUGUACAACAAAGAGAAGCGCGAAAAGCUUUCGGAAGAUUUUCAUUUCAGAUUUCUUCCCUCAGAGUUUCAAGAUGAUAAUGGUGGAGGUCAGAGGAGUGUGCUUUUCUCAUUGGAAGCUGGUUCACCGGCCAUAUGUUUGCUCAUUCAAUUGGAGAAGCAUGUGACUGAGGAAGGAGGAGUCUCUCCCUCUGUUUAUACUCGCAAAGAGCCCGCAUUUUUAUCAGAGAGAGAGAAGCAAAAGCUGCAAGUCUGGGCACGGGUGAUGCCUUUUAGGGAACCUUUCGCGUGGGCCACUGUGUCGCUCUUCGAUUCUAGUGUGACAGGAGGAGUAGGCGGUUUCACCUCACCCAGCAGUCCAUUACCUUCUAGUUUAUUGGGGUCGGGCCUGAUGGAAGCAGCUGUUGACAUUGACGGGCAGUUGCUUACAUCCGGCGAUUCUAAGCACCAUGAUACUAGACAACAUGAGCCUGUCCUUGUCGAUGUUCCUGGUCUUAAUCGUGUGAAGGAGAACUAUAUGGAGGAGACUCUGCUGGAUCCGAAACGUUUAGCGCACAAACCCGUGAAGGCUACCCUGCGUCUUGAAGUAGAAAGGGUAUCACAAGAUGAAGUGGAACAAGACGCUAUAUCUGAAUGUGGCAGUUUUAGCAACAGUUCAAUUGAAGGGGAGGGUAGAGAAGCCUCAUUAUCCAGGCAUUUACCGCAGGCUUCUUCUGGUGUAUCGAGGGGAGCUUUCAGUGGACGUCCCAAGUGGAGUUCCAUGGACAAGCGUCGACUUGCGCAUUCCGCUAGCGCUAACAGCUUCGAAUUUCUGCGACCUCAUUUCAAAGCUAUUGAGUUUCGAACCUCGAAUAGAGGCGACCUUAUGUCCCAGAUGUUGCAUUGCUUGUAUAUAUAUCCACAAACUUUGAAUCUCAGCAAGAAGCGAAAUUUGUUUGUACGUGUGGAGCUUCGUAAGGACGACUACGAUAUUCGAAAACCUCCACUAGAAGCUCUUUAUCCAAGAGAUACUGACAAUAACAUGCAAAAGUACGGUCAUUCUCAAGUUGAUAUCAACUCUAAAACUCCCCAUUUUCACGAUGAAUUCAAGAUUCGCCUUCCUGCUGUGAUCACUCCACAGCAUCACCUACUUUUCACCUUCUUUCAUGUCGAUCUUCAGAUGAAAUUGGAGGCUCCGAAGCCAGUUGUUGUUGGAUAUUCAGUUCUUCCUUUGCUUAUUGGUGUCCAGGUGCAACGGCUAGAUGGUACUUUACCCGUAGUAAAAGAGCUCCUCCCUCAUUACUUGGAGGAGAGUGUUAAGGAACAAAUGGAAUUACUGGACGAGGGGAAAGCAGUUUUCAGGCUUCGUUCCAGAUUGUGUUCAUCUCUUUACGCCGUGAAUGAUAAAAUCCGAGAUUUCUUUGCUGAAUAUGACAGAUAUGUCCUUCACACAAAUCAGCCUUUGGGGAGUGAGCUGUUGGAGGCAAUUAAUGGGUUGAAGCAUGUUGAGCCAUCAGCCAUGUUGCAGUUUCUGCUGCCUUCACUGAACAUGUUACUUCGCAUGAUAGGUGACGGCGGGGAGACUCUUCAGGUUGCUGCAUUCCGGGCAAUGGUGAACAUCAUCUCAAGCAGGGUACAACAAGAAAGUUCAGAUGUAGGAGCAGACCGUAACAAGUAUUUGGUGCAAUAUGUUGAUUACUCCUUUGAUGAUUUUGGAGGUGUUUCCGAACCUGUGUAUCCAGGCCUUUGUAGUGUCUGGCGUAGCCUUGCUCGCAGUAAGGCAAAAGGCUACAGGGUAGGCCCUGUCUACGACGACGUAUUAUCAAUGUCAUGGUUUUUUCUUGAACUCAUUGUGAAAUCCAUGGCACUUGAGCAGGCCCGCAAGUACUCUGAGAAUCUUCCUCCCGGCGAAGAUUUACCGCCUUUGCAACUUAAUGACGAGGUCUUGAAAAGUGUUGGCCAGCUUUAUGAUUGCUUGCUUACAGAGGUCUACGACCGCUGUAAGAAGGGUCUAGCACUUGCAAAACGUCUGAAUAGUAGCAUAGCUUUUUUCUGCUAUGAUCUUCUCUCAGUGGUUGAACCUAGACAAGUUUUUCAGCUGGUGGCGCUGUACUUUGAUAAAUUUAGUGGUGCCUGUCAAUCUAUGCUGCAUGAGUGUAAGCUGAAUUUUCUUCGCAUCAUUGCUGAUCAUGAUCUCUUUGUAGAGAUGCCUGGUCGGGAUCCUUCAGAAAGAAACUAUCUCGCAUCUAUAUUGAUGCAGGAGCUCUUCAUUACUUUUGACCAUGGGGAUACCAUUUUGAAAAGCAAAGCUGCUCGGACUCUUGCUGUCCUCAUGGCUAAGCACGAAUACGAUGCCCGAUACCAAACUUUGGAUGACAAAUUGUACAUUGCACAACGCUAUUUUCCAUUGAUCACUCACAUUCUCGAGGAAAUGCCUGUUUUCUACAACUUGAAUCCUCCGGAGAAGCGCGAGAUAUUGGUGUGCAUGCUCCAAUAUCUUCAUCAUUUAGACGAUCCUACGUUGAUCAAGACGUGGCAACAAAGUGCAGCCCAAACAAGACUGUUUUUCAAGUUGCUUGAAGACUGCCAGAAUUUGUUUGAGUACAAGAAGGCUGGAGCUGAUGGGUUAAUGGGUGCCAUGCCACUGUCUGACCAAGGUGAUGGAAGUACCCGGUACACAGAAAAAUUAUCACCAUCUGUUAAUUUGUUCUUGGCGGAAGCUUCUCGUCAGGAUAGUCGGUGGUCAAGCGCCCCAGCCACUGCAGACAAUGGUAGUUAUUUCUGGAAGCGGGUUAGUCCACAAAUGAGCUCCCCAACCCAAACAUACCGAGAAACUCCAAUGCAGGGACUAGGCCCAGGCAACAUCCUUGGAAGAACGAGUGCACAACUUCGUGCUAGUCUGCAUCCUAUGCUACGACACAAACUUGAAUUGUGGGAGGAAAACCUUAGUGCUUCCGUGACCCUACAGAUAUUGGAAAUUGUAGAGAAGUUCAUGGAUGCUGCAGCAGGCAAUGUGGUAGUUACGGACUAUGUCAAGCUUGACUGUAUCACAACCAUCUUUAUUGGCUUUUUAAGCCACAGCCAGCCUCUACCAUUCUGGAAAGCUUUUCUGCCAGUUUUCAAUACCCUUUUCAAGAGUCACGGGUCAAUAUUGAUUACUCGAGAGAACGACAGGUUUUUGAAACAAGUGGUUUUUCAUUUGCUGCGCCUUGCUGUAUUCAGAAACGACUCUAUUCGCAAAAUGGCAGUUGUGGGACUUCAGAUUCUAGUUCGCACUUCAUUCUGUUUCUUUCAGAACAUCUCAAGGCUGAGAGUUAUGCUGACUAUCACUCUGUCAGAGUUGAUGUCCGAUGUGCAAGUCACGCAAACAAAAAUGGAUGGUGGACUUGAAAAGAGUGGUGAAGCCCAGCGUCUUCAGAGCUCUUUAAAACUAAUAGCUAUGCCUUCUCAUAGCAAGGACUUAUUGCGUGAGUGCGGUCUUCCCGAAGAUGCAUUGAAGGCUAGAGUUAACAACCAGGGUGAAGAUUUAUGGAAGUGGUCAGAAGUUAGUGAUUUAUCGGAGACUCUUUUGCAAGCACUUGAUGCAGCGACUGAGCAUGCCUUAAUGGCACCAUCAAUGAUGACAGAUAAAUAUUCCACUACUGAAGGGUUUCAUGGCCUAGCUUGGGCUUAUAGAAACGUCCCAGAUUUGCAUAUUAUGUGGCUUUUAUAUCUAUGUGAUGCUCAUCAGCAGAACCAAUCGUGGGCAGAAGCUGCUCAGUGUGCAGUUGCUGUAGCAGGUGUUAUCAUGCAGGCUAUAGUUGGGCAGAAGGACAAUGUAUGGGGUAAAGAUCAUGUGGCUGCCCUUUGCAAGAUUUGUCCAAUGCUUAGAGGUUCUGUUGUUGGUGAGGCUGCUUCUGCGGAAGUAGAGGGUUAUGGCACAUCCAAGCUGACAGUAGAGUCGGCUGUAAAGUACCUGCAAUUAGCUAACAAGCUCUUCAUUCAAGCAGAGCUCUUUCACUUUUGCGCUGACAUUCUAGAGCUUAUUAUCCCUGUCCAUAAGGCCCGAAGAUCAUAUGGCCAAUUAUCAAAAUGCUACACGUCUUUGUGCAGCAUUUAUGAGGCUUUACAAGAGCAAGAAGCAAGCCCCAUUCCGUUCAAGGACGCAACAUACUACAGGGUUGGGUUCUACGGCAAGCAGUUUGGGAAAAUGGACCGGAAGGAGUAUGUCUACAGGGAGGCACGUGAUGUUCGUCUUGGUGAUGUUAUGCAAGCAAUGGGAACCAUUUACGAGUCCAAAGUUGUCGAAGGGGGUCAAACAUUGCAUAUCAUUCCUGAUUCCCGUCAAGUGAGUGACCAAGAUCUUAAACCUGGAGUAUGUUAUUUGCAAAUUACCUCUGUUGAUCCCGUCCUCGAAGAUGAGGAUCUAGAUAUCCGCAAAGAAAGGAAACCCUCGGAAGGAAUCUCAAGAGUUACCACACGAGUUUUUGAUCGUUUCUUAUUCGAUACUCCUUUUACCAAAAAUGGACGAACACAGGGAGGGUUAGAAGCUCAGUGGAAACGUCGAACAAUUUUGCAAACUGAGGGACCUUUCCCUGCGCUCGUGAAUCGCUUGUUGGUCAUCAAAUCAGAGUCCCGUGAAUUCUCGCCCAUUGAGAACGCUAUUGGCAUGAUUGAGGGCCGCUAUAAAGCCUUGUUAGGAGAACUCGAAGAGCAUGACCGAAUGGAUGGCGACCAGGCACCACGGUUGCAAAGUCUGCAACGAAUAUUGCAAGGAAGCGUGGCAGUCCAGGUUAAUAGCGGAGUUCUUGGAGUGUGCACUGCGUUCUUGUCAGGGGAACCAACACCCAAGCUUCGGCCAGAAGAGCUUCAGCAACUAAUUUCUGCUUUAAUGGAGUUUAUGGCUGUAUGCAAGAAGGCCAUUCGCGUUCAUGCCAGGUUAAUUGGAGAGGAAGAUCAAGAUUUUCAUUCAAAUCUUGUCAUUGGUUUUCAGUCUCUAACAGCCGAGCUUUCCCAUUACAUUCCUGCCAUUUUAUCAGAGCUAUGAUAGCCGGAAGAUCAAUGUGAGCUUUGCCUAGGUGUGGAAAGUGGCCUCUGUGUUUGACUUGAUGGGUUCCCGGAGGAGUCGCAGCUUGCGUCCCAAGGAUGGUACAAAUGAGGGUUCCAGUUCGUGCAUUUCAAAACAGAGCGGUCGUGAUUGAAAGCUAGUUAAUAUCAGCCAAAAGCCAUACCAUGCAUAGUGGCGCGGUGACUCCAUUCAUGUACAGAGGUUGGAGCUUUGGAGCUGACCACUCGGAUGUUUCAUGCCUUUUAAAGCUGGUAUUCUCGACACUCAAGAGAUAGUUCAUCUCAGGUGAUAUUUUCCAUUCCUAAAUAUCAUCUGGAUUUAUACUCAAACGAUUUGCACACCAACUGCGUUAUUUCAGGCUUCAGAAAUGGUAUUAUUAUCUUGCAAGGAGUACAAUUUUUAACGAUCUGUGGCAAUCGAAUUUGGGGGAAUAGACUCCAUGCGCGCACUGGUGUAGUCCCUCAAAUGCGGGACUCAAAGAUUUUUAUGUAUAUUUUCAGCCCUCAAUUUGGGACCAUGUCAUACUGAUUUGUUGUAUUCAAUAGUUAUAUAGUCCAAUCUGCAAAAAUCCUGGAAGAAAAGAUCUAGACCAGAGCAAGUUUAGCAGGUGACUACACCAUCCACGAGCAUGCUUUGGGCAGACGCCCAAUGUAACUCAAGGGAGGUACCGUUCUCAGUAAGUGACCAUCGCAGGCUCCGUGGCUUUUCUUAACAUUCGAGCAUGUGGCAGAUUUUAUGUUCAUGUAAGCUUAGACGGGGUAGAACUCGUAACACUCCUUUUGAGACGCGUUCAAUUAAUACGCCAUAAGAAAGGUUGUAACUUGAAGCAUCUCCCCUCGCUAGCUCAUUUGUAACAUUCUUCCUUGGAUUUUUCGCAAUUUUAAAGACGAUUGAUUCGUCAAAUCUUUGUCAA